CAUCUUUGCAUCUUGCGGAGGCAGUUUCGUGCUGUCUCCGGCAGCUCUAAAAUCGAAACAUCUGAACCCUAUUUUCCUCUCCACAUAGCUUUAUGCGACCUUGCGCAUUUACACUGCAAUUUUGCUUCGUACUACCCCGUUUUCCCUUGAUUGGGUGAUAUAUUGCCUUCUUCUCUCUAGCAGAGUACUGCGCAACAGGAAGUAGUAGCCAUGGUGUCCAACGGCCAUUUCGCAUACGCAGAGGAUGAUCCUGUGGCAAGCUAUGAGCAUGGGGUGCAAGUGGUGGAUGAGGACAAGGAGUUCAAUCCCAACCUCUCCAAGUACCUCGCUUACGAAGGCGUCACACCCGCCGGGUUUAAUUACCAUCUGAUCUCUGUCUUUGGGUCCCAGUCUACCGGAAAAUCUACUUUACUUAACUACCUCUUUGGCACACACUUCAGUGUCAUGUCCGAAACCGAGAGACGACAGACUACGAAGGGAAUAUGGAUGUCCAAGAAUAAGCGCCAGGAUUGUGAGCGGGAGAAUAGCUUGCCUCAUCUGCAGAAUAACAGGAUGGCCGAUAACAUACUUGUCAUGGAUGUUGAAGGUACCGAUGGACGAGAGCGCGGCGAAGACCAGGAUUUCGAGCGGAAAAGUGCGCUCUUUGCGCUUGCGACCAGCGAAGUGCUGAUUGUUAAUAUUUGGGAACAUCAAGUUGGCCUGUAUCAGGGGGCAAAUAUGGGACUUUUGAAAACCGUAUUUGAGGUCAAUAUGCAACUGUUCCUGAAAGACAAAAAAUCUACCCCACGGUCAUUGCUUUUCUUCGUGAUUCGUGAUUUCUUAGGAACCACGCCCCUCCAAAAUUUGCAGAACACCCUGAUGCAGGACCUCCAGCGCAUUUGGACGUCGCUUUCGAAGCCUCCAGGCCUGGAAAAUUCCACAAUCGAGGACUAUUUCGAUUUCGAAUUCGCAGCCCUUCCACACAAAAAUUUUCAAACGGACAAGUUCGUCGCAGAGGUCAAGAAGCUUAGCAUGCGUUUCCGUGAAGGACACCGAGAUCCUUCCAAAGGUAAUAAGACGGAGGGCGGGAUAUUUUUAUCCGAGUACCAUAGACGUAUUCCUGCCGAUGGCUUUGCUGUGUAUGCUGAGGGUAUAUGGGAUCAGAUUGUGAACAAUAAGGACCUGGAUCUGCCAACUCAACAAGAACUACUGGCUCAGUUUCGUUGCGAUGAGAUCUCCCGCGAAGUCCUUGUCGCUUUUGACGAGGCCGUUGUUCCGUUUGAAACAAAACAGGCGGAAGCGGCUCAAUCCGGAAAUCCCGAAGUCUUCGCUGGCCUUGGUCCAGCAAUGAAAAAUGCAAGGGUGAAGACUCUAAGUGCUUUUGAGACGGAAGCUAGCCGCUAUCACAAGCGCGUCUUUCAAAUGAAAAGGGCAGAGCUGGAAGACAAAAUGGACACUCGUCUCAAAGUUCUGUUCUCUGGUCAGCUUACCGCCGCUCACAAAUCUGGUAUCGCUCAAUUUAGCGAUGCUGUCUCCGCCGCUGUUAAAGCUGGACAAAAGAAAGGUGCAAGCUAUGAUUUUGCUGACAUUGUAAACAAGGAGAAGAGAAUCGCGCUAGAGAGAUUCGAAGACGAUGCAAAAGCCACUGUCAUUGAGGGUGCUUGUUGGAGUAAUUACACGCAAGAACUCGCCCUUUAUCAGAAGGAUCUCGAGAAGAUCAGUGCGCAACUUAGAAAGGACGAAAUGAGGCGCCUUGCGACGAGGGUUGAACGAUGGGUGCGGUCUCGACUGGGCGAGUCCGUGGGGCUCGAAUUCAAUGCUCUUGGCUCGGGUAGAGGCGGUUCUGGCGCCCCCGAAACAGGCGAUAAACCAUCGGAAGACACCAUUUGGGAUAGAAUAUGGUCCAUAUUUGUUGCCACUGUUCUCGAGGCUGAGCAGAGAUUCACUGAACGUGCUAGUAGCUUUGAUGCUAGCUUAGAAGAGGUCGAUGUUGGGUUAUGGAGGUUGCGCAGAAAGGCUUGGGGGGUGCUGCGAUCCAAGAUCGACGAAGAGAUGAUGGAAGGUAACCUACUUUUAAAACUGCGAGAGAAUUUUGAAGACAAGUUCCGAUAUGAUUCGGCGGGUGUUCCGAGAAUAUGGCGGCCUACAGAUGAUAUUGAGGGGCUGUAUACCAAGGCCCGGGAGUCCACCCUCACCCUUAUUCCCCUUUUAUCCAGAUUUCGCCUCCAGGAGACAAAUGCGACUCCGCAACUUGAUAGAUGGGUUGGAUACACCCCUAGUGCUGCAACCCCAGCCGACGAGGAGGACUUGGUCCCAAUUGGCGGAGUUGACGAUGACGGAAAAAGUUUGGAGGAAGAGAUGACUAUGCUCAGCGAGACCAAGAGGCAGGACUUGACAGUUCGAUUUAAGAAGGCAGCCGACGGUGUUUAUGUUGAAGCGAAGAGAAGUGCGAUUGGCGGAAUGACUCAGAUUCCAGUGUACUUUUACAUUUUAUUGCUGGCACUUGGUUGGAAUGAGAUUAUUGCUGUCCUUCGAAACCCUGUAUAUUUUUUUAUGCUCUUCCUUUGCUCUGUCGCAGCCUAUAUCAUCUACCAGCUCAAUCUUUGGGGUCCUAUGGUGAAAAUGGCCGAGGCGGCUUCGCAUCAAGCCGUGGAAGAAGGCAAGAAGAGACUUCGGGACCUCCUUGAGCCGUCAGACAUCGGACACCACGGUAUGAAAUAUAAGAACGGUACGGAGCAGUAUGAGAUGUCGCACGUCCGGAGUGGCCGGAAUGCUACAAAGAUCAAUGAAAGAGACGAUGACGAUGAAGUUGAAGGUGAAGAAACAUGGUAAUACCAAGAUUUUUUUUUUUUUUUUUUAAUAUUCUUUGUCUUUUGUUGGAA